UAAUUAUAUUGAACAAUAAUAUUUUAAGAUUGCUUGAAGUUAUAACUAAGUCAGGAUAAAUUUUCCUGCCUGUUAUUCAUAAUUACAAUUUGCUUGAAUUUAUUUGUAUCAGCUGAUGAAUAUAAACUUAGUACAAUAUACUACAUGUGUGUCACUAUGCUGGUUCAUGGUUUCUAGAGCUUUUAUUGUAGUACAUGUAAUAGUAUGAAAACCAUAUGUCUGUCUUAGGUAUAAAUAUAGACAAAUACAAAAAAUUGAUAAUGUAACAAAUUUAUAUCAUUAUUAUAAGAAGUGUUAUUUUAAUAACUUCUUGAUCUCUCCCAUGUUUAUUCAUUGAUGAAAGCGCAUAAAAUCGAUUUGUAUUUACAAUAAAAAUAUACACAUGCAUAUUUACUUAUGUAUAAAUUGUAUUUUCCAUUCCCAAUUUUGUCUAUAAAUACUUUAAAAUAAUUAAAUUAAAAUACUAUUUAAAUUACUGCCAACUUUUCGUACCAUACCGCAUUACAAAUAGUUAUGUUGGGUAUUCAUCCCUAUCAGAAUUAAUAUAAUUUAAUUUCGUAAUACUAAAUAACAACAUAAUACUACCAAAAAUUCGAAUGGUAAUAAACAAUAAUACACAAAUUUUUGAUUAUGUGAAACCCUUUUUGGGGAAUAUGAAUUAGCUCAACAUAGGCGGCCAUGUUGGCUUAAAUGUCAAAAGUAGUUUCUGGAGGUGGGUUUUUGGAGUUUCUCUACUUCUCUAUACAAUGAUGCUGCGUAACAUAAAUCAACCUCGAGUAAUCAAUAUCGUCGCCGAAGCCAAGAUUGGACCAACUUAAUUUAAUGUAUACCUUAGCCACAAAAACGUGUGGCCGGGUCUGCUAGUCAAUUAUAAUUUACUAAUUUACAGGUGCCAAGUCGCCCCUAUUCCUAUUCCCGUUAACCUUGGUGGUGAAAAUUGGUUCUGGAAUUACAUCAGCCCUCAUAUACUAUAUAUGAUGAUUUUCUAUUGGACUUUAUGUCGAAUAUAUAGGUAAAAUUGUGUGUUAUCUUAAUAAAAUUACAUCAAUAAAUUGUGAGAGUAUAAAAUGUUCGGUUGGACCCGAACUUAGCCUUUCCUUAUUUGUUACAUUGAACAAUAACAAAAAUAUUUUAACAAAGCAACAAUGACAACCUUCAAAUUAUAAUUUUUUGUUUUCUCUUUUAUAUUUUUCUUGUCAACUCGAAUAAAAUUCUCUUAUUAUUAUCUUCCUCCAAAUUUUUUCAUAUACUCACUUUCUAAUCUUUUUCUGGCCUUCCACGAAUAUUUCAAGACUAAAAUUAGCCAGACCGGUUUGGCCGUUCUCGUUUUUUUGCGACACAAACGAACAGCAAUUCAUUUUUAUAUCAUAUUAUAGCCUAGACAGACGACAUCGCUAAUUUGCAUUAGCGGCGAUGAUUUGCUUUAACUCGCGCAUUAAUUCAUUUUAAAGCAAAUUAGUAAUGCACAAAAAUUUCGUGCAUUUAGCUGAAUUUACCACAUUUGUGCUGGCAAUGCUGCCCAAAAAUGCCCGAUUUUUGCUAUUGUGAAUGUUAAUUGAUAGAAAGAAGAAGAAGAAAACGUCAACAAAUGAUAGAAAGGAAAGCGUUAGAGAAGAUGGCAGAAAUUAAGCAGCGAGUGGUUUGGACUAGCACUGAUGAAUGUGUGUUAAUUGACUUGUGGCGUGAGCGGGCCGAUGAUUUAAGACGUGCCAAGCGCAAUUUGCAUAUAUAUGCCGAUAUAUCUGUGCAAAUGGCACAUAAAUUUACUCCGAAGGAAGUCCAUAUUAAAAUUAGAAACUUAUCACAAAGAUACAGAGAAGAAAAGAAGAAAACUGGCCCAUCGGGGGGCAGCCCAUCGACGUGGAAAUAUUUUGAUGCGGUGCAUCAAAUCAUAGGGCUGACUGCAGCCAAUAAUGCAGAAAUUUAUGAAUCAUUAACUGUGGUAAGCUUAAAUUUCAUCUUUUUAUUUCUUUAUCGUAUUAACUUAAAACAAUUUUUUCUUUAG